AUGUCAGGAACCGGCUCCGGCGCUGUGCUUGGUCUACCCAGUACAAUCGAUCCUUGCCUUCUCGGCGAGUUUGACUUGACGCAAUUUAAUCUCGUCGAAGAUUGCAACGAUGAUAUAUUUGGUCUAGACGCGCUCAACUGGAUACCUAAUAAUGGCCUCGAUGUGCCCAUGGAUGAGGAGGCUUUGAACGAGGUCAAUGCAGGCGCAUUCCAACUCGGUGACCCCUCCCAAGAAAACCACACUGGUCAAGGAUUUGUAUCUGCGCCUGUGCAAGAUAAGACCAAUGAUCAGUUACACCAGUUCGUCAACCAGAAUGAGGUUGGACAAGUGUCGACUGAUUUGCUUCCCGUCGAGCCGCAUGGCUACCAGCCUACUGACCCUACCUAUGACUUCUCGCAGGAUCUUGGUCUUUCGGAUACUAACUUCCAUAUGCCAUCUCGGUUCUUAGACACCACUCCCGGCUUCUCCGCGUUUCCAGGUGGCAACGCGUUCAUGCCGGACAUGUCGCAGUACCCUGUUGCUGCCCAGCCUUCACAGACGUAUCCUGACCCAUUCACUUCGAUAUACCCUGUUCAGCCCAAACCGGUCAAAGUAGCUGUCGUGCGAGCUGGAGAAAAGCCAAAGAAGUGCGACGACAAGCCCUGGGUUCGCGUUAACAACACAACUAGGGGCGAAACCACGCGUACCGCUCGUAUCAACCAGCAUGCGGAAGAAGGUCGCAAAUACAAGACCAAGCCUCUUCCUCACGGCAACUGGUCAUCAUCAUCAGAUUUCAAGUUCGAGUACAGCCAAAACAACGGCAUGCACGAGUUCAAGAAGCGUACCAUGACUGCCCGCGAAGUUCAUGAGUAUAUCACGCAGUAUCCCGGCGACAAUCUGCGCAUUUGGAUUCAGCCCGUAGCCUCAGACUCCGCCCGCCGCUACGCUUCUGCAUCUCAUAGCCACUGUCGCUUCGACGCAUGCCCAAUGCGUGUGUACACCGGCAAAGGCACAGCGGAAGUCGGCAACUACCGCGUCGCAUUCGAUGAAAAGCACCGAACCUACGGCACUGGUGUAGUUGAUCCGUACGACUGCGUGGGCUUCGCUCAUCUAUACUGUAUGGAGCGCUUCCUAGACUUUGCCUACAUCUGCCAGGUAGCUAACGUCAAGGUUGAUCAGCGUGUAGGCAUGGAGAAAGAGCCGAAAGGUCAUUUCGCAUCCGCUUUCGGCUCGAAACAUCAUUACGAAGCGGCGUUGGCUAGCAAGUUCAUUGAAGCUGCUAGCAAAGGCCGAUUAGGUGAUACCCACGAGUUCUCUGACUACCCCGUCCAUGAACACUACAAAGGUGGUCAUCCUAAGCCUCACGAACGUACGCUCAUCUACGCACUCUACGGCAUGAACAUGAAACACCGCGCGAAAUCGCAGAUGAAACAGUUCAUCCUCCAACGUAAGAUCCGCCCCGGUUCUUUCCCUGUUCACCGCGGUGACAUGGAAGUCAAACUUGUUGACAAGAAGAUCGAGAAAAUGGAUGUCUAUAUAGACUAUAAGCGAGAGGGAUCAAAGAAGGAGUUCGACUACUCGGCCUACUACGACAUCCUUCAUCCGGAGAUCAAUCAGCGCAUUGCGGAAAUGGAGAAGAAGCGAGAUGAAUUCAUCAAAGAAGACGAGGCAGGCAUUGGUGGUAAGCGCAAAACACCGCGUCGAACCAUCACUUUCGCGGAUUCUGAUGAUGAGCGACAGACUCCUUCCCGGAAACGUUCGCGUUCUAAGAAGCGCCAGGCUACCGAUAGCGACUCAUCUGAUGACGAGCGUCCGGCACUCAAACGCACGUCCACGGUACGCUCUACAGGACGCAUAACCGCCCUCUCCGACUCCGACGACUCCGACCCCUUCGAGGAAAUAAUCGCCGGCACCAAACCCCGUCAAGGCUCCCGCGCCGGUCUCCGCAAGAAACCCCGCAUCAACUACUCCGAACCCGCCGACCUCCCCAACCAAGCCCAAGCCCAAGCCCAAUCCACCGCCCCUCCUCCAUCCAACGACUUCAUGUCCAACUACGCGCCCGCAAUCCCCUUCGACGACCGCAAACAAAGCCUCAGCGCUUUCUUCCCCGCUAACAACGAUCCUUCUUGGUCUAAUUUAGACCUCGAUGAGUUUUCCAUUGAGGGCAUGGAUGAUGUGUGUAUGGAUGAGGAGGCUGUUGAUGCGCUUAUUGGUAAUAAUGCGAAGUACCGGCGCCAGUCUUCGACGUUUGAGAAUGGGCCAUGGGCGGCUGGGAGGACUGCGAGUUUUAAUGCACAGCCCGUGUCUGGGAGUAGGGAGUUUAGGAGGGAGGAUCCGCCGAGUUGUGUUGCGAGCAGUGAAGUUGUAGAGGAGGUAGAGGAUGGGUCAGUGGGAGGGAUGAGGAGGAGUAAGAGGUUGGCUGGUAAGGGUACGCCUACGUCGUCUUCAUCUCUUGCUGCAUAUAUUCGUUAG